GAAAUAUGCCGCCGAACGAAGCUAGUGUGAACAAAAGGAGUGGAAUGCACAUGAACUUUGUUCAUAAUGACCAAAUUUGGAAGGAUCAUGUUCGCCAUGAAACCAGCUCCCAGCUCAGGAAAUGGCCAGAGAGAGAUGGGGGUACCUCGUACAGGAGUACGACACGAUGACCAGUGUCCUGGAGGGGAAGCCCCCUAAACCUGGCCACUCCAUCUAUGGCGCCCAACCACAGGCAAAACAAGGAGAUAUCCGGCUUCCACCAAUCAAACCCUUCAAAACAACCAGAGAUACUUCCUUCCCCUUGACAACAGCCCGUGAGAUUGGCUGGAAGGCAGCUGGGCCAGUAAAAGACCCCCUGUGUAACAAGUGGGCACCUCGGGCCCGAGGUCAGUUUGGCAUCCUGAAACUGCUGAAAUGGCCGGCUGAGGCUGCUCCUUAAGUCUGGGA